AUGACGGAAGAGCUGCAGAACUUGGUACUCGAUGUUCUUUUACAACAAGCUCCUGGAUUCGCUGGAAGUCGAAUUUCAUACCGAAAUUCGAGGAUAUCCGUGAAUACUGAAGCAACGAAUAACGAUUCUUUCGUAAAAGACAGCUUACGAGAUGUCUCCGCCGAAUCGGACCACGAAAGAUUGAUCUAUUUGCUCAUCGGGCGGGCACUCUUCGGUCAGCCCAACGUCCUCCUUGAAGGGCUUGCUGAACGAGCUCUACGCCCUGCUCCAGGAUGUUGUCUCAAGAACACUCAGACCAUUUCCGAAUCAGAAAACAAUCUUCUCGCAGUUUCAGCUUCCCAACCUCCCACUCCCCUAAAAUCACACAUCAAAAGAAGAAGAACUAGACGAGUUCAAUCUACAUUCAUUCCAGAAACAAUUAAUUUCGACGCUUCUUUAUGUAAUAAUCAAAAGGCGCUAAUCGGAGCGAUGGACCACUGGGUCGCCGCGUUUCCCCGCGAUUUCGCUCACAAAGAGUUCCUCGACAAGUUCAACGAGAUCUGCCACAUCGUCGGACAGCUAAACAUCGAAGAAGAAGCCGAGAGCCGAAGAGUCGGCUGGGCAGCCAGCAAUGCUCUGACAUCCCCAGUCAUCUCAAGACGAAACAAUUUUCAUAACAAAAGACAAUUUGUCAAAAUGAAAGAGGCGAAUACUAUCGAGCUACAAAAUCAAGUUCAAUUUCAAGUGAAUUCGGCGAUUCUUACAAGCAUGUCGCUGAUCCGAAAUCGUGGCUGCACAAAUGGCUCCAGCUCCGCCCGAGUCCAGCUGAAGAAUCUGAGCGGGAACAGCCCUGAACCUUUCGCCGAACACCUCACCUAUCUAGAACAGAAUCAAAUGGACAAAAUCACAUCCUCGGAAAUCUGCGAAGAAGUGAUGGGGAAGGAACGAGGAAAAGUAGCGUUGAACAACGUCAGCCACUAUCUUUGCUGGUCCUCGCGACUCUCAGAAUUGGUGGCGAGCCAGAUCGUGUCCUGCCAGAAGCUGUCAGAUCGGGUUGAGAUGAUUGAAUUCUUCCUGGACGCCGCGCUUUCCUGUUGCCGACUAGGAAAUCUGAAUUCCUGCAUGGCCCUGACAGCCGGAUUAUCGUCGCCCUGUGUCCAAAGACUUUCCAAAACCUGGGACAAAAUCGAAGAUACGAAGAUCAAAGUCCUCCAACACAUUUGUGAUCCCCAAGGCAACUUUUCGAACUACAGGGUGAUUCUGAAGAUGUUCGAAGCAGAAGGAAACACGCCCGUCCUCAUCCCGAUCUUUUCGAUUUUCCUGAAAGAUUGUUAUUUCCGACUGAAGCCGUGCAUGAAUCCGGGCGAUUUGGCGGCAGAUCAGCAGCUCAAGUGCUGGAAGGAGUUGACCGGGCCGAUUGCUGAUUUUGACCAUUGGCGAUCUAAAAGAAUUCAGUUUACGAAACGAGAACGGUUGAUUACCUACAUGAGCAGCUAUCAAGCUUUAGAUGAAAAAGAACUGUUCGACCACUCCUUUUCGAUUCAAAACCCAUCUGGCUCGUUUGAGAAAUCGCAGCGGCGCCUAUUCCGCUCCAUGAAGAACGAAAGAUCGACGGGAUGA